GUCAGUAUAGGGUCACAAAUAUGUUCUCUCCUAUGGCACUGUAGACGAAGAAACUCAUUUUGUCCAAUCAAAUUUUGGGAAGAAAGAUCAGAAGUGUCAGACCAGAGCAGAGAAUGUUGACUACUCUGGAAGGCUAGGCUACCCGUUUACGUUAUGAACAUUCACGUGAGGGUAGGCUAGUUCAAAUUAUGGGAUCUGCAGUAGGUUCAUUUACAAGGGAGGUUUGUACUUCAGUCUAAAUCAUAGGUCUAUACGAUUUCUAGGGUGCUCAUGUCAACAGUGCAACAUUUCACUAAAUUAAAAUGUUGCAUUACGCUUCAGCAGCGUAUAACGUGUAGUUAACAUAAUGUCUGUGUAGUCUUGUGGAAUCUUAAUUUGAUUAGGUAGGAGGCUAACAUGCUCUCUACGGGUAACAUUACCUUUGUGCUAGCUACCUAAGGUCUGCUUCGUCUUUGCCCUGCAUAUUGUUUAAUCUCUAAGGGCUAAAUAAUGUCUCUGUCGGAGUCGGAGGAGAAUACCCCGCUAUUGAAAGGCGACGUCGACAGUGAUGAUGACGCGUACAAGAACAGGUGGAGGUCCAUUCGGGUCAUGUACUUCACCAUGUUUCUCAGCAGUGUUGGUUUCACUAUUGUGAUUACAUCUAUAUGGCCUUUUCUGCAAAAGAUUGAUGUCUCCGCAGAUGGCAGUUUUCUUGGCUGGGUGGUGGCGGCCUACAGCCUGGGUCAGAUGGUGGCCUCCCCCCUUUUUGGCCUCUGGUCGAAUCACAGGCCCCGCAGAGAGCCGCUGGUCUGCUCCAUAUUAAUUAACGUCUCGGCUAACAUAUACUACGCGUACUUGUACCUGCCCACCUCCGAGAACAAAUUCCAUAUGCUCAUGGCUCGAGCAUUUGUGGGCUUCGGGGCAGGUAAUGUGGCGGUGGUGAGGGCAUACGUCGCUGGAGCCACGUCACUGAAGGAGAGGACAAGUGCCAUGGCCAACAUGAGUGCCUGCCAGGCUCUGGGCUUCAUCCUUGGCCCAGCUCUGCAAGCAGGUCUAUCAGUGAUUGGCGAGACCGGCUGGUCUUUGGACCUCAUUCGCUUGGAGUUUAACAUGUACACCGCUCCAGCCCUGCUAGCAGCGUGCUUUGGCAUCAUCAACAUCCUUCUGGUCAUCCUGGUGCUGAGAGAACAUCGUGUUGAUGACCACGGAAGGCACAUACGAUCAAUCAACUACAUCUCAGAGGAACGGGUGACCGUUCCUUUAGAUGUUGAGGGGGACAUUGACCAGAUCGCUGUGGUGACCUCCAAUAUCCUGUUCUUCAUCAUCCUCUUCAUCUUCGCCGUAUUUGAAACUAUAUCUACACCUUUGUCGAUGGACAUGUUUGCAUGGACCAGGAGACAGGCAGUUUUGUAUAAUGGAAUUAUACUGGCCUGCAUUGGUUUUGAGUCCAUCCUGGUCUUCCUCGCAGUGAAGGUCAUCUCUCAGAGGGUUGGGGAUCGGCCAGUACUUCUGGGAGGUCUGGCCAUCAUCUUCUGUGGCUUCUUUAUCCUCCUUCCCUGGGGCAACCAGUACCCCAAGAUCCAGUGGGCAGACAUUCACAACAGCAGCCGUACCCAGCAGGCAAUUGCCACCACAGUGUUUGCGCCCAACGCCACCGUGGAGCCCACGGGCUGCCCGGCCGACCAGUCCUGGUGCCUGUACACGCCCGCCAUCCACCUGGCCCAGUACAUCAUCUCCAACUUCCUCAUCGGAGUCGGCUUCUCGGCCUGCAACGUCAUGUCUUACACACUCUACUCAAAGAUACUGGGGCCUAAGCCACAGGGUGUGUACAUGGGCUGGCUGACGGCGUCGGGGAGCGGUGCUCGGACCCUGGGCCCGGUGUUCGUGUCUCAGGUGUACACGCUGUUGGGGCCCAGAUGGGCCUUCAGCCUCAUAUGCGGCAUCGUGAUGGCCGCUACCCUGCUGCUGGUCGGCAUGUACAAGCGCCUCAUCGCCUUCUCCAUCCGUCACGGACGCUUACAGGAGUGACGCGGCAGGAAAGGAUGGAUGGAGGGCGAGUGAGAGAAACUGAUGGAUGGAUGGAGUUGACAUGAAUGGAUAGAAACCUGGAUGAGACUUUUAAAAAAAAAAAAAACAAAAAAAAAACAUUUUAAAACACUUGAGUGUGAGUUGGUUUUAAUGUUGUGGGACCUCUACUGUAUGUUUUGUUAUGCUACUUUGACUUCUAUGUUUGAAGCCAGAGAAUGUUGCUAUUACUGAAGACACACUAACCAAGUAUCUGGAAAGUAGCAUUGACAGCUGCACAUUCCCAAUGGGUGGUUCCAACCUGAUAUUAAGCUGGGUUAAGCUGGGUUAACUGUUUGACCAAUGAAAUCUGCCCAGAUUACUGACGGAUUUUGACUAUUAUCAAGCAGACAACACUCUGUUCUUUGACUAGUGGCAAUUCACCCAUGAACAUGCUAGAUAAGAAUUCAUACAUACACAUUUUUAUGAUAAAACAAUGUAACUACUCUGCUUGGCUCCUAAAAAGCCAAGGCUAAACGAGUGAGUUGAGUUUGAAAGCUUUGAAUUCUGGAUCCUCUGUAAUGACUAAUAUCUCUCACUGUAAAACCGAUGAUUGAUUAUAUGAUGGUUAACUUAUUCUCAGCUCUGCUUGUACUCACUAACACGUCUGUUACGGCUCCCACACACAGUUGCGUGCAGUGCAGUGCUGCAUACGCAUCCCAUCCACUAUACAUGGGCUUAAGUCAUCUGUUGCCGAACUGAAUUGUGGGUCUGUUGCGUCACGUUGCUCCCGCCGCUUGCAUCGAAAAGUUACAAUUUUGCUGCACCGAGGAACAACAGAAGGCACCAGCCAAUCAAGUUAUGGUUAUACUUUGAAUAGCUACCGUCGGGAACGCAACUGUGUGUGGGAGCCGUAAUUGUGCAUGUGCAUUGUAUGUGAUUUAUUUUUAUUAUUUUUUUUAUAAUAUUUAAUUACAAGGUGCUAAUAUGGCCAAGUUGUGCAUAUUUGCAAAAAUAAUGGUUGCAAAUGAUCUCCUGAGGCUCUACUUUAUUUGAACAGAGUUUGUACCGUAUUUUCAGACAAGCAAACAAUUCUAAAGUAGUACUUUAAAUAAUACAAUUUUAUUGAAUUUCCAAAAGACUCAAUUUUAAAACACUGGUAACAAACUUGGUGACGAAUGUAUUAAUUGGGUGGAAUGGGUCAUUACUAUAAUAGCACUGGAUAUUUAUUGUGUGUAUUAAAACACUUACCAUGG